CCUUGUAUGAUUAUGCUUCAUAUGUCCCUUUUGAUCACAUUCCUACCAAUAUUCCCUUUUCAUCAGGACAGAUCCAGUCGCACAACCUCGUUGUCCAACGGAGGCGCUCUGACUCUACGCCACAUCAUAGUCGUCUUCUGCCCUCAACAUCACCCGACGCCGUCUUUGACCCUUCCCGUGCUGAGCUUGGUUGAGGGUCUGACCAGCACAAUUCCUCCGACGCACUUUCCCCCCUUUCAUCAUUUGUACCCAUAUAUCUACGGAUUCACCGAAAUAUGCGACAAAAUCCGACCGACAUUAUGACCCAUCACCUCUUCUCAGUCU